AGUACGAAACUCAAGUUAUGAGUGAUGUGUUGCCAUGUUUGAGCCGCGGAAGUAUGCCGAGUGGCUUCACAGCGAAGUCUUCCAACCUGUCAUCGUGGUGAUUGGCACUGCGCAAGCAAAAACUCGUGUCAAAGAGGUGAAUGGCCUGUCUUUGGCUGAACUUUUUGCUCCGUUCGGUGGACAUUCUCAAUACGGAAUCUCUGUGUCAGUCCAAUCUUUGGAGCGGCAGAUCACCAUCGACAACCUCCGAGUUCAUUUCACAGAUGCAGACGCGGCUCUGCAGCUCAGUGCACUCCAAGCUGAUCAGCUAGCUGCUUGGACCGUGGAGUCCAGCGCGCUUGAAAACGCUUCACGCCAAAAGGCUUUAGAACCACCCAGCCCUUGGUAUGAGCAAUGGCGCAGUGCCUUGUUUAGAUCUUUGCGUUGGUCAGACCACGAAGGCUUAGAUCAACCUACAGCAGCAAUGCUAGUGGUCAUGUCCAAAGAAGCAGAACCUGCCAUGCUUUUGGAGCAACUGCUGCAUGCUUCCAACAUGCCGCCACUAUGUACUCAGGGAAUUCUGGAUCCCGUCCCAUCAAGAGUUGCAGUUCUUUUGCACGACGUCUCUGAUCCAGAAAGUCCAAAUGAAGAUGAACUCACCCAGAAACUGACAGAUCUCAAGACUCGCUUUGCUCCGAAUCAAGUCUAUGUACUGCAGAUCAACCGUGGUUCCGCCGAAGUGGAGCCAGAGAUAGAGGAGCUUUUUCGAAACUUUUCUUCCAACCGUCAUGCGCCUCCACCGCCACCCGCUCCAAAUGAGGGCGCAGCCUGCGCCGCGUCUCCAGGAAGCAGACUGUCUUCAGAUGACGUGAAGUCCGUGGCGCAGGUUGUUGCGGAAGUCGUCGUGAGGAGUGCCGUGCCGUGGAUGGAGAAGCAACUGCAGCAGCUGGAGGCGCAGAUCUCUCAGACUCGCAAGGGCUUCCGAAAUCAACUGAAGUACCUUUGGCGAAAGCCUCGUGAAGCCAAUGAACGAGGGGAAGUUGUGCAGGAGGAUUCUGGAGCUUACCCAUUGCACUCUGUGGAAGGGCAGAUGAGGUUGGCGGGAGAUAUAUCCUUCCAUCUGAGAGACUACGAGGUUGCACUUGGCUACUAUCGCAAUGUUGUCAGUGACUUCAAGCAGGACCGGAGUUGGAAGCACGCUGCUGGAGCUUACGAGAUGUGGGGCCUUUGCACCUAUAUCACCAACGGAGCCAGAAGUGCACCUGGCCUUAACUCUCUCAGUGCCACCUGCCUGCCACAUGCCUUGGCCACUCAUUUUUGUGAGACCCUUUCCUGGGUCCUGACUGUGAACGAGGAGCGGAAUCGCUGCAUGGAAAGUGCCUAUGAACAUUAUUUGCAAGCAUCCUCCAGCAGAUUGGCGAUGCGAGCGGUGGUCCUGCACCAGGCCAUGGUCUCGGAUCUCAAGGAUGCCGCUCUGCGCCUUAUGAAGGUGAAUGGAGAUCUAGCUGAUAGCAACUUGAGGAAUGCCCUCAUUCUGGAGCAGGCGGGGCAGCUGUACUACACCUGUGCUGCUCCUAGGAAAGGCGCCUUCCAUCUUGUCCUGGCGGGUCAUACCUACAACAAGCUCGGCUUCAAGCGGCUUGCACUCUUCAGCUACCAAGCGGUGGUUGACUUGUACCUGGGAAAGGGUUGGUUCCACAUCUCUGAUCACUUUCACUUUACUAUGGCACGCCAAGCGAAUCGAUUGGGGCUGAAAGACGAGUCCCUCUCACACUUCCUCGAGCUCCUGAAUUCCUUUGCGGAUGCUGAUAAAAAGAUUGGUAUCCAGGCAGAGCGGGAGAAUACCUACAUUGAGGAGUUCCUUUAUGUGAUCAAGGAUUGGGUUCACAAGCGGUGUGGCGAAGGGGAGACCAAGACAAUUGACCUUCAGAUUCCUCGCAUUCAACCUGAAGUACGGGUUCGAUUGCUGGAUGAUGUGGAGUGCUCCAGAGAGGCCAUGUCUCCGAAGAACGGAGAUGAGGUUGCGGCAGCACCCUGGGAUGCUCUUGGAGAGAAGAUGCUGGGCAUCACCACAGAGGACCGCUUGGAAUUAAAUUGGCGACAAAGGUCAGAUCCCCGUAUUUUUGACACUUUGCGUCGAGUCACCACAGUUGGUGCCGAGGUGGUGGUAGAAGUUACCUUGACGAACCCUAUGAGGGUGAAGUGGGAGAUGGCCGCCGUCCGUUUGAGGGGUCAACUCCAGAGUACUGAUGGUGUCGCUGAGGAAGUGGUCUUCGCGUCUCAGGACGUGACGUUAGCUCCGCUGGAGUCAAGGACCAUCAAGCUCAUGGCUGUUCCACAGAAAGAGGGAUUGCUGCAGAUUCAGAGUGUCACAUGGAAUCUUUUCGAUUGCCGACAGGUGAUUUGUGAUCGCCCAUUCCAGCUUAAAGGACGGCGCCUUCGAAACACGCUGGAGCAACGCGCAUCCAAGAGUGGCGUCUAUAGUGGUGACUUGCGCUUGGAGCUCAAGGUUCGAUCGAAGAAGCCUCGUUUGUCCGCCCAACUUCAAGGCUUGCAGCUGAUCGAGCUGGAGGGUGUGACGCGAGUCCCUCGCUUGUUGCAAGGUGAACUUCACAAGUGCAGUUUGGUCAUCAGUACAGAAACGGAUUGCCCAUUGGCAUUUCUGCAUGUGGCGGCGUCCUAUCCCGGUGUUGCCCUCGAUGCUCCUGAAGGAUAUGAGGGGCUUGAGGUGGACUUCAGGGAAGAGGGCCUGCGACUACACGGCACUUUCCCUCGAGAGCUGCGGGUGCCGGUUCUGGUGUGCAUCAAUGCCAGUGGCUUGCAUUCUGUGCGGUUACUGGUAUUAGCGGAGGCUCUCGGUGAUGGACCCAAGAGCGAGCAAAGGCAAUGGAUCACCUUGGAGGAGCAGAUUCGCGUGGAGCCUGCCCUCUCCAUGACUGCAAGGCCAAGCCCCUCAUAUGCAGCAGAUGGCCGGAUUCUUUUCAGCUGCCAUUUGGAGAAUCGAGCUGCAGAAGCUCUUCAGGUGCAGCGUGUGCUGUGCUACUCUGGAAGCUCUGGAAGCUCUCAGCUUCCAUUCCAGGCGAGCUCCCAAGGCGGGGAGAUCGUGAUCCAGCCUGGCCAGAAUGCUCAACUUCUUUACACGCUCCAAUGGCCUUGUGAGCAGAUUCCCGCAGCACAGUCGACAAGGUCACGCCUGUUGCAAGCGAACCGUGCAGCGCACCUGGCGCUGAGUGCUGCCUCGAAGCGGAGCUCAAGACGCGAGAAGGAACCUUUGCAGAUGGCGCCUCCGGUUGAUUUGGUAGUUCAGUGGCGACAAGGAGAUCGUGCCGGCGAGGCUUGUGCUCUCCAGGUGCCACUGGAACGUCCUGAGGCUCCUCCAUGCCCAUUAGAUCUUCAUUUGCUAGCUCCAGAAGUUGCAGAGAUGGAAGCGGAUUUAAUGGUUCCCGUGACGGUCCGGAUUCGCAACGCGUCUUUGGCUGGUUCUGUUUCAUUCUACUUUGUAGCGGAGUCCACUGCAGACAUUGCCUGGAUUGGAUGUGAACGAUCAGAGAUCAUCAGUUUACCUCCAAACACCAGCCACUCUGCCACCCUCCAUGCGUACUUUGCACAACCAGGCGUCUACAACCUGAAUCGAUUUCGUCUUUUCGUAGUGGGCAUGCCUUCUGGCUCUGUCCCUGCGUCCGAGCAGGCUCCGCUGGCCUUUGCAGUGCCUUUUGAGCGGCUGCUCCACGUGACAGCGGGUGCCGAAAAGAUUCGAGGGUCCAUGAAGCAUGUUGAACAUGAGCGGCGUUUAGAUAUUUUGUGAUGGACAACUUGUCAAGUCUUGCUAUUGUGCUACACCCAACCAACACAGCAAAGUUAAACUUGUUGCUCUUACAGUUACAGUAAGGCU